CUGUGGGCAUCGAUGGGACGGCACCGUCAGCUGCCGUCGUGUCGGGAUUGGAAUGUUACGGACUAACAAUCGGGACGACUGAGCACUCGGUAAUUGGACACUAGAAUCCAGGAAUCCCGUCUUUUUUUUGAACAUUUUUCUCAGCUACCCGCCCGGUGUGUGGUUAGCCUUCGUUUGCCUCGUGUCACCCGGAUAACUUCGCGUGCGGCGCGGCUCCCCGCCGAUGUGUUUUUCAUGUUAUAUCGGCGCGUGCGAGGGCAGUGUGUGUGGAGGCUGUGAUAAAUAAGGAGAGACAUGCAGGGAUUCGUCAGGUUACAGUUGUACCGCUGAGCUGCUGCUGCGCUACGUCGCUUCUUCCCCCCGGUGUUUUAUGUUGUGUUGCUUCUCUUCAAACGGGACCAUGGAGCGAUAAAAGAGGGGGAAUAGGACUAAUUCAACCGGAGGCAUUUUGGAUUCGAGCGCGGCGGCACCACACCGACGGGUCUUUACGCCCCCUGGGCAAAUGUGUUUGCGAGUUUAACAUCCAAACCGGGGUAUACCUUUCCGUCUGGGAGAGCCUCGGGGACCCUUGCCGCUGCUCGCCCGGGGAACACAGAGCGCGCGCGCGAGAGAGAGAGAGAGAGAGUUACCAGACGGCUGCCGGACAGUUUCCCAUUUGAAUAGCCCCGUGCAGGCAGCCUGAAUGACGGCGAGGAGAAGCGCCGGGGAAGAGAGUCGCCGCCGCGCGUGAUUGUGUCCGAGCGGGUCCGGGGAAGCACGGAGCUUUUACCGUAGGCGCGCGUGCGAUAUGGUGAAACUCUACAGAAGAGGGAGAACGGGGCAAUACUUUUAACAACAAAAGAAAAUCGCCCACAUGCACUGGAUCAAUUGCUGGAUUUGGGAACCGAAUACGCAGAAGGGGGGUUGGGGAUCCGUGGAGGCUGCCGGGGGAUGGAGCGGUGCAGCCGGGGUUGGUGAGAGCCUAACUUCGGGCCACUUUACAUUUUUUAUUCCUAAACGACUCGCCCCUGUUGCCAGGACACAUGCAGGCCAAAAAACGCUACCUGAUCCUGCUCUCCGCCGGUGCGUGUCUGGCGCUUCUCUUCUGCCUCGGAGGGGUUCAACUUCCAGCGGCGAGCAGGAGCCGGCAUGACCGCAGCCGAAACGGGUACCGGCCCGACCAGCCCUGGCCUCACUUCUCGGACCCGUUACACCUUUUCCUGCCCUGGGAUCAGACGGACACCGAGGAGUACAACCUGCACAUAUCUCCGAGGCAGAAGAGGGACGUCAACACGAGUGUUUACAAAGGCAAGCGGUGCCGCAUGGACUCCUGCUUUGAUUUCUCCCCGUGUCAGAAGAACGGAUUCAAAGUUUACGUUUACCCGCUGCAGAAGGGGGAGAAGAUCUCCGAGAGCUAUCAGAAUAUUUUAUCGGCCAUCGAGGGCUCCGGGUUUUACACCUCGGACCCCGGGCAAGCGUGUCUGUUCAUCCUGAGUCUGGACACUCUGGACCGGGACCAGCUGUCCCCACAAUACGUCCACAACCUAAAGACCAAGGUCCAGAACCUGCCUCUGUGGAACGACGGCAGGAACCACCUCAUAUUUAACCUGUACUCCGGGACGUGGCCGGACUACACGGAAGACCUGGGCUUCGACAUCGGCCAGGCCAUGUUGGCCAAGGCCAGCAUUAGCACCGAGAACUUCCGGCCCAGCUUCGACGUGUCCAUCCCGCUCUUCUCCAAGGAGCACCCGAGGACCGGCGGGGAGCGGGGCUUCCUCAAGUACAACUCGAUCCCGCCUUUCAGAAAGUACAUGCUGGUGUUCAAGGGGAAGCGCUACCUAACGGGCAUCGGCUCGGACACCAGGAAUGCCCUGCACCACGUGCACAACGCGGAGGACGUGGUGCUGCUCACCACCUGCAAGCACGGCAAGGACUGGCAGAAGCACAAGGACGCGCGCUGCGACAAGGACAACGCGGAGUAUGACAAGUACGACUACAAAGAGAUGCUCCACAACUCCACCUUCUGUUUGGUGCCCCGCGGCAGACGACUGGGCUCCUUUCGCUUCCUCGAGGCGCUGCAGGCUGCGUGUGUGCCGGUGAUGCUGAGUAAUGGUUGGGAGCUGCCUUUCGCCGAGAUCAUCGACUGGAACACAGCCGCAGUGAUCGGCGACGAGAGGCUCCUGCUGCAGAUCCCGACCACGGUGCGCUCCAUCCACCAGGACAAGAUCCUGUCCCUCAGACAGCAGACUCAGUUCCUCUGGGAGGCCUACUUCUCCUCCGUGGAAAAGAUAGUGCUCACCACACUGGAGAUCAUCCAGGACCGCGUGUUGGAGCAAGGCUCCAGGAGCAGCCUGAUGUGGAACAGUCACCCUGGGGGGCUCUUUGCCCUGCCGCAGUACUCUGGAUACCUGGGAGACUUCCCCUUCUACUAUGCUACACUGGGUGUCAAACCCUACCCCAAGUUCACAGCGGUCAUCCAUGCCGUCUCGCCUCUGGUGUCCCAGUCCCAGCCCAUACUCAAGCUCCUGGUAGCCGUGGCCAAGUCCCAGUACUGUGCACAGAUCAUCGUCCUGUGGAACUGUGACAAGCCUCUCCCGGCCAAGCACCGCUGGCCCGCCACCUCGGUGCCCGUCAUCGUCAUCGAGGGAGAGAACAAGGUGAUGAGCAGCCGUUUCUUGCCCUACGAGACCAUCGUGACCGACGCUGUCCUCAGCCUGGAUGAAGACACAGUGUUGUCCACCACAGAGGUGGAUUUUGCCUUCACGGUCUGGCAGAGUUUCCCGGAGCGGAUCGUGGGUUACCCCGCUCGCAGCCACUUCUGGGACAGCAACAAGGAGCGCUGGGGCUACACAUCCAAAUGGACCAACGAUUAUUCGAUGGUGCUGACGGGGGCCGCCAUCUACCACAGGUAUUACCAUCACCUGUACACCAACUACUUACCCACUAGUCUGAAGGGCAUGGUGGACCAGCUGGCCAACUGCGAGGACAUCCUGAUGAACUUCCUGGUCUCCGCUGUCACCAAGCUGCCGCCCAUCAAGGUCACACAGAAGAAACAGUACAAGGAGACCAUGAUGGGACAGUCUUCGAGAGCUUCCCGCUGGGCAGAUCCGGACCACUUUGCCCAGCGGCAAACCUGUAUGAACAAGUUCGCCAGCUGGUUUGGCGCCAUGCCGCUGGUCCACUCCCAGAUGAGACUGGACCCCAUCCUGUUCAAGGACCAGGUCUCCAUUCUCCGCAAGAAAUACAGGGACAUCGAGAGGCUCUGACAGGACCAGCGCCCCCUCGGGGGAGACCCCACGCAGGGGGAGGCGCGCGAGAGAGACUCUGUGGAGAGCAGAAGGACUAGCAGGACUCCGGCGGGAUGGACGGGGAGCGACACAGCUCUGUUUUCCACUCAGCACAUUGCCAAUGACCACAGCGCCGCUGCUGCCAGGACUUGACACGGUUAGGGAUGAAUGGGAAACAAGCAGAUGGCGUUUGGAUAUGAAAAAUACAAACAAAAGCCGCAAACACAGACCGACAAAGAGGUACACAAACUGAUGGACAUGCCAAACAGUUGCUGUAUGUUUUGCAAAUGUGCAAACACACAGCACACACUACUGACGACGGGAACUCUUGGAUAGAAUAUUUUUUUGUACAACAUGAACACGGACGACGUUGACCUUCCUGCUCUCUCGGCACACGUGCAGGACGGUAGAAGAGGGAAGGUGUCGGUGAUCGUAAAACCUGGCAACCCCGCCCGUCACGAAUCCUACUGGCUGCCCCUAGAAGCCCUCCCCAGUCUGCAUCAGGACAUAAUACCGGACUACCAAAACCCCCUGCUUCAUAGCCCAGGAGACCCUGUUCUUUAGUUGAUUUGAUUUCUGUACAAAUCAGCUCUCUGGUGUCACUGUUGACCUUUUAUCCUCUCUGAGAGGUUUAAAGUCAGAGCGUCAUUCCGUUCUCAAGGCAGAAGAGGUAAACAGUGUCCAAUCUGUUAUUAUAGUGGCCUGACGAGGCUUUUAUAGCCAAGCAGCCAUUGUUUCUUGAAAUUCUUGGCUAUCAACACAUCCUUGAGCCCGAAAACAUCCCAUCUUUCCUUUCCUCGGCUCCUUCCUUGAUGUGCUGAUACGGCUUUUAUAAUGGUCUAUCUGCGUCCCUGUUAUCACUAAGAUAAGUACGAAAAAUAUCUCGUUUCAUAUCCCAUUUUCCUCUCAUACUCGCUAAGGCAGUUGUACUUUUCUCAUCUUUUUUUUCCCCACUUUCAACUUUUAUUUCGCCCUUUACACUCUCUGUACUUUGACUUGUGUGUGUGCGUGUGUGUGUGUGUGCGUGUGUGCGUACGUGUUGUGUGUACAGAGCCUUGAAAAGUUGGCUCAUCCAACCAUAAGCUCGAGCGGAGUACAUUUUCCCUCCGUUGGAAUGAGCGAAAUGAACAUUUCUGGAUGAAAUGGAGCAGAACGUUGCAUUCUAACACAGACUCGUUCUUUCCCAUUUAUUUCUCCCUGCAUGGCCCUGGAGCACUUCCCCCGCAGGGAGGAAAUGGAAUAAAAUGUCUGUCCAUAGCAGGUCUUUAGUGACCAGCGUCAUUUCACAGGAGUGCUUGUAGGGGGAUUUUUUUCUUUUAACGUGGAGUGCAUCAGUACCAUUCUGACAUCAGGGUCUGCCUUUUAGAAUUCUUUUUUUUUUAUUGCACAUCACGUUGCCUACAUCAGCUUGAUGGUCGUCAGUCCGGUGCAGCUCUCCUGCUGCAGUGAUUUAUUUUUUCUGUGACACAUCAGAGGACCUCAGAGCCAUUAAAUUGACAAAAGGUUUUCUCCCCCAUUUGUCAGGCAGAGAUACGUUCGGGCUUCAAUUAGGUAACCCUAUUUCAUUCGGAGGGCUGUUUUAUUCCCAGGAGACAAGCUGUUGAUGGGACACUAACAUUAUGGACCGUUGUAUUGUGGAAGCAGUGACCCACAAACAUGACCUUCUAGCUAAUGCUAGCCUGAGCUGGAGGACAGCUCGCCCUCCCCUGAUUGUCCGUCACUCAAAAACGGCUGCUCACAUCGUCGCCAUCGUAUCCACUUCAAACCGCCUGACAUUUUGCACCUUAUAUUACCUUAUUGGUAUUGAACAACCAGAUCGAAAACGCUAAAAUGACUAGCUGUCUCAGACUUUAAUGAAUCAUUUCUAAGAGACGGGCUGUGUGGAGCUGUGUUCUCGCCGUCAUUGGGUCGGCAUGCGGCCGAGAGCACAGGCAGUUCCCUCUCACACUUAGUCUGCAGACACUUAAAAGAAGCAGCAUGCUUUUAGUGGCCUUUCUGUCGAGCAGGCAUUCAGCAUAAUGUCUCAGCCAAAGCUGUUCAGUGUGUGUGUGUGUGUGUGUGUGUGUUGAUCAGUAGCUGUCUUUGUCAAUUGCCAAUAUCAGUGUCACAUAUUCAUUUACGGUUUUAGUUUACAUUUUUUUUUUCGUUGAUUUCUUCUCAUUUUAUUCUACAAAUAGUUCAUAUAAAAUGCAUCGCAAAGCCUUUUCAGUGUCAACAAAGGUGCGGUACACACUUUACAAGUGUCAUAUCCAAAUGCUACCAAUGCAAAGUCAUUCUGUUUCAGCAUGUAUCAAACACAGCAGGACUAUCAAGUAUGUCUGUUUGUUUCCUCACGCCAUUGCUUUAAAUAUCAUGCUUUGUAUUUACGUUCUGGGACUUCAAGUUUGGAGUGCUGUUUGUUUGCCGGGAGAGAUUUAUGAUCUGUUUAAUGCAGAGUCACAACACAGCAAAUGUUCACUCGUCAACUGUAUGUGAUUCUGGGAAAGACAUGCUCCUCCCCCUCCUCCCUUGGUCUGCAUCUGGUCCCUCUUUCAUCUUCAGAGAACCAUAUUGUUUGAAUCCAUUUCAAGCCUUUUAUGCCUGAGCGUUUGAAUCAGUGUGUGUGGGUCAUCUCAAGAGAACCACGUCCCCCAGCUUUGCAGAUAUUUCAUAAAAAAAAAUCAAAAAAACACCACCCAUUUCAAAUCCCUGCGACUCUCAGCACUGUACGUACAUAGGCAUAUAUUUAUUUUUUGAGAAAAAAAAAAAAAAAAAGUGUAUGAGACGACGCGGCGAGAACAUAAGUCUGAUCCUGCAUUGCUGAGGGGAGGUAAUGGUAUUUAUUCAGUUUAUUUUCUACUCGCUGUGCACUAAUGUGCAUUAAUCCACAAAGAUGCCGAUAUAACAGCUCAUGUUAUGUUUCACUCUGCAUUGGUUUUCCGGGGGGAAAAAAACACAUCACGCUCUCCUCACGAGAGAUGUAACAUUUUCACAGUCAUAAAGUUGGGUUUUAACUCUAAAAGAUUGCAUACACCAGUGAUCUAGAAUUGGAUUGGGAUGCACAAUCUCGGCUCUCCGCGGGAGUCAAAUUGCAAAGUCCCAAUAAAGACUACGCCAACUGACACACGGAAAAUAAGCAGAUGGGUCCUCUGAACCAGAUGGAAACAUUUUCAGCUUCAGCUGUAACAUCUCUCCCUCACAUGCAUUACAAUAAUGGGUCUGAGGCUGUGACACAGUUGUUUAAAUUGCCUCUUUCAAAAGCUUGGUUUCAGGUCAGAUAACUUGGCAAGAGAAACUCGCUCCAUCUCUGUUGGCGUGCUGCACAGUACGUCAUCGAGUCCAGAAGUCAAGAGCGCGAUGGAUGUGAUUUGGGCCACCAGGAAAACCUCUGCAUCCGCUUAUAAACGCCUGUCACGUCCGCCAUUUGAUCAGGGGUAACAUUAUGCAAGUUAUCAUUGUGCGCUUCGAAACAGAUGGAAGAAGGUUUGCCCGUCAGUUUGGUGUUUAUAGUGGCGACAGCGUGUGUGUGCUGGAAAACUAGUCUGUUCUUGAUUUGUGCCUUUUUAUCAACAUGUGAGUUCAUUGACAUGCCGAGCACUGUCUGUCCUAGACUUGUUAAUUCCAGUAGACGGGCAGGAAUAGCCCCGUAUGCAGGGCCCCAAACAGCCCUGCCUUUCAUACACUGGAUGAGUCACCGCUUCCAUUUCUCCGUAUUAUAACGCCCCGCUUUCAUCUUUAUGUUUGGACACGGUUGCGUAGGCAACAACGUAUGACCACUUCCUGUUUGGGAUUAUUUAUCAGUGAAUCGGCCGCAUCACUUUACCAAUCAGCAGCAAUGUCUGUUGGUCUGUAAGGACUCGGCCAAAGCCCAGCUGUCCUGAUGCCUUCUCCUCCCUCCUACCUUGUAAUUAACAGAAGACUUUUAUAGAGGUCACAAAUGAAAUAGAUAAAUGCCAAUUUUGUAAGAAUGAUUUAUAAAAAAAUAAACUCAUAUUUGAUGAACUGCAUCGCCUUGUCCCAUUUUUUUUAUAGACUGUGUUUCAAUGUUUCCAUUUUAAAGACCUUGUGGCAUAAAAAAAUGUCAAACUACAGUAUGUCAGAAAAGUCAUAUUUUAGCCAUAAGUCAGUGUAAUGUGCCUUAAGAUGCUGAUUCCUUUUUUCCACCAAACCUGCAUUCUGCAAAGACCCGCCCUACUGUGUCUCUGAUGGGCUAGUACGAGUUAAGUUUAUUGCUGAUGACUGUUUUUAAGAAGAUUCUGACAUACGUCUGGCCUCCUGCAAGAACAUUCUCUAGUCCUUAUCUUAACUUUCUCUUCCUCUUUUACACGAGUAAGCCACGUCAGAUUUAGCAAACGCACCUGACAUCCAGCGGAAAUGUGAUGAUUGCCACCUGUGUGUAAAUGAGCCACAAUUAUACAACGUUAAGGCCACAUAGUA